AUGUCCAGCCGGGCUUUACGGAGGUUAAAAGGGAAACAGCGGGGUCAAGAAGCGGUUGUCGUCGAGGAGCUAACUUCGCCACAUGGCCCCGAUGAGCUUGCUGAAAGCGAGGAAGAGCAGCUGGACACGGCCGCUGUCGACUCAGCGUUACGUCCAAAUGGCAGUAAUCGAAAGUCAAAGAAAAACAAGGAUCGUAAAGACAUAUGUGCCAUUUUGGAGAUGCUAAGUGAUGCAGAAAAAGUCUCCGCCGAAGAGGAGCCAGAACAACUCAAUGUAAACAAAACAAGUGACAAGGUAAAAAUUUACCAAAAUGAAAAUGGUAAUUAUGGGCUGACUGAACCUUUGGCUAGUGUUAAGAAAAAGAAGAAAAAGAAGACAAAAGUUAAAGCCGAAAAUGGACAGGAACCAAAAGCACCAGAUGACAACAUUGAUUUAUUGCUGGAAAAUUUAGAGCACUCAAAUGGUUUGACAUUGCAAAAUGACUGUAGUGGCUGUGACAGAAGACCUGUCUUGCAUGUGGAGCACAGGAAUCUGAACCCUGAGACUGAGCUGAAGAAAUAUUUUGGGGCUCGAGCAGUUUUGGGGGAUCAAAGACCGCGACAGCGAAAUAGACAGUUUCAUCGCAGCACAUGGAUGACCAGCCCAAAGGAAAGUUGGCCUCGAUUCAGCCGCCCAGGAAUCUCAAUGACCUUACUUGAGUCUAAAGAUGGCAUUCAGUACUUCACCUUUGAACAUAGUCGUGACUACCAACAAGUACAGUUCAAGUUCCUGGAUGCCGUUGAGUCUAUGGACCCAAACAACAUUGUGGCUUUGCUGCAACUGAAUCCCUACCACAUUGAUUCUUUGCUACAGCUUUCUGACGUCUGCCGUGUACAAGAGGAUCAGGAGAUGGCCAGAGACCUUAUUGAGAGGGCUUUGUACAGCUUUGAGUGCGCGUUCCACCCUGUAUUUAGUCUGACCUCUGGCACAUGCAGACUGGAUUAUCUCAGACCAGAAAACAGGGCAUUUUAUCUGACUCUUUUCAAGCACAUGAUGUUCCUUGAGAAGAGAGGAUGCCCCCGGACAGCUUUGGAGUACUGCAAAUUGAUCCUGAGUUUGGACCCAGAUUCUGACCCGCUUUGCAUGCUGCUGCUGAUGGACUUCCUAAUGCUCCGUUCCAGACAAUACGACUCUCUUAUUCAGCUUUAUGAGGACUGGGAGGAACACAGAAAUCUGUCCCAGCUGCCAAACUUCGCAUUCUCCACUGCACUCUGCCACUUCCAUCUCAGUCAGCAGGAGGAGAUGAAUCCCGAAGAAAGUGAUCAAGCAAAAGACAAAGCUGACAGAAUGCUACAGGAUGCGCUCAUCAUGUUUCCUGGAGUCUUGAUGCCUUUAUUGGACCUAUGCUCCGUGCAACCAGAUGCUACAGUCACCUCACAUGCAUUCUUUGGCCUAAGCAGUCAGAUUGGACAGCUGCCAGCUUUGGCUGAACUGACUGCCCUGUAUAUUGGGAGGAUGCACAGCCUUUGGAGGGAGGCAGCAGUAAUGUUAUGGUUGGAAGAGAGUGUGAAGGAGGUACUGUGUCGAAUUGAUGCAAAUGACCCACUGGUGGAGGAGUGCCGGAACAAGAGAAAGCAGAGAUAUCAGAGUGCUCCAUUAAACAUCCAUCGCCAUGUUCUACUCUCUGAAAUCAAAGAAGCCACAUCCAGUCUGCCUCUGGAGGUGACCACUCAGCCAGUGAUGGGAUUUGACCCACUCCCGCCAGUGGAUUCUGUGAUCUCUUACACCAGACCAGCAAGGCAGCGUGUUGGGGCUUCUAAUGAGAGCACAUUGUCGCUGUUUUUCCGCUCUUUGUUGCCCAACUUCAACCUGCAGGGUGGCCCAAGGCUGGAUGAGGGUGACUUGGAGGUGGCUCGUGCUGGACAAGAGCUAAACCAGGAAGUGAACCGUUUAAUGGUUGCAAUGAGAGACAUGCUGGCAAACAUUAGGUUUCAAGAGCCGCCGCGAGAGGACCAUCCUUUCAGAGAUGAAGAAGAAUGGGACUGA